AUGGUAAAAUUAGCUAUAUUCGACUACGUUACGUCAGUAACAGGGAAUAGGAUCUACUUGAACGUCCUGAAGGAUGAAAAUAUAAAGGAGGUGAAGGAAAAGUUGCUUCUGCAGGUGAAGAACAACCUAGAUAACAAGGAUACUAAGACUAAAAUUAAAAAGGUGAAGCGUAAAAAUAGUGUCAAAAGUGAAAUGACAGCAGAGUCGUUGAUAUUGUACCUGGGAGCGAUAAUUUUAGACGAUGAAAAGAGUAUAGAGGACUAUAAUGGGUCGGACUUGCCUGAACUUUCGUUGAGUUUAUACUCAAGGGUGGACAUAAAGGUGGUAGUGACCACGUUGAAAGGAAUAAGAUGCUUCGGAAUAAACUACACACCAAUAUUCUCGUUCAUUUUUAAGAAGAAAAUUGCUUUUAAAAUGAUAGACCAGCAGACGGUCUUGGAAAUAAAGAAAAAGAUACUAUCACAAUACCAGUUUUCGAACAAGAAAGGAGAGACAAUUAAAAUCGAGGACUUAAAUCUAAUACAUGACGGGUACGAGUUGAGUGACAACCUCUGCCAAAUUAAUGAGAUGAACUUCAAGGACGAUAUGAAAAUAACACUAAUAGUGCCUUACGGCUAUGCCAUGAAGAAAUUAUAG